GGUUCGCAGCUGGGAUGAGUGGAAGCAUCUCAGAUUUGGACUUGAGCAGUCCCUGCUCGCAACAGCAAAUCUCAACUUCACAAGAUUCUGCAAUAUUCAACUCAGAAGAAUCCACCAGUAGCAUAGACUCAGACUGCAGGACCUAUGUUAAUCUGGCAGAAGUCCAUUCCAGUACAACACCCAUAAAGACUCUCCAGAGCGUGAGUGAAGCAUUAAUGGCCUCCCAAGGAAAGUCAGUUGAUGAACAGUCUCCUGACACAUCAAAGCCACCGCCCCUUCCAAAGAAGACACUCAGCAGGACCAACUCAGCUCCUGGUGGAAGUCAGCUUGGUUUAACAAGAAGUCUUCCAGCAUCUCCUGGCUUUCAAAUAAGUAACCCACUGUAUGGCAUCUAUGAAGGAAAAACGAGUUUCAGUACACCUAGCAGUCCAAUGAACGCUGACGAAAAAUUCAAUCUUCCAAUACAUGCCAGUGGUAGAAGGGCAGGAAUGAUAAAAUCCCGGAGUCUGGAUGGAGCUGCCAGCUACUAUCAUAUCAGCAAUUCUCAGGUAGAUAUACAGAAGUUGAGCUUUUGCAGUCCAGAUCGGGAAUUACAGAAGUGGUGUAAUUUUGAAAAUCAGGCGGACAUUUUCAAAACUCUUGCCAGCCGGUGUGUGAUGUCGCUGAAAUGCAUUUGUGCAAAAUACAGCUCUUUCUUGAUGGAUGACAAGAAGGCGAAGAUAAAAUUUACUGAGAAGGACUGGCCAGACCUCAAGCUGCCAGGCGACAAACCCUGUUGUGACUCCAGAGAGGCCAUUUACUACAGAGUCCAGUACACGCUGCAGCCAGAGAAUGAGUUGGCUUUAAAGAUCAUCAAAACUCUGAACCAAGAAGCCCUGCAGAUGCAGCCUUGUGGCCUCUCCAUACAGGAAAGCCUCCCUUUCCAUUUCAAUGUACAAAUGGUGUGUGGCCAUUUUGUUGUCAUGAUUCCAACAAAACUCUUGCCUUCUGGAGAUGCGGCCUUGAGCUCUGGUGAUUUGGAAGUUGAAAAGAACAAGUCUGGGCCAGAUGCUGAGGCAGAAACCUCUGAAACCCAACCAGACAACAAUCUAACACAAAGGCCUCAAGCUGUGAUCAUUACACAGGAGGUUCCCUAUCAAACCAUGGCAGAUUUUGUAAAAGAUUCCGUGGCUCUUCAUGAAUCCCAGGCAGAUGUCUAUGAACAUCAAGUAUGUCUUCUUCUUCUGCAGUUGUGUCUAGGGUUGGAACACUUGAAAAAUCAUAAUGUUACACAUUGUGACCUCCGUCUGGAAAACCUCCUGCUGGUUAAGAUGGCUGAGCCAAAAGGCAAAGAACAAAGUACUAAUCCUCAGCUGCCGAGACUUAUUAUCAGCAACUUCUCUAAAGCUAAACAAAAGAGUACAGCAAUUGAUCAAAAACUGCACCCAGAUCAGGUCCGAUUAGCACCUGAAAUGAUGUCUGCAUCCCAGUACAAGAAGGUUGAUGAGUUUCAAUUGGGCAUUUUGAUCUAUGAGGUGCUACACAUGUCAAAUCCUAUUGAGAGCAUUUCAAGCCAAAAGCAUUAUGAAGAAUACAGUACAGGAGACCUGCCUCAGAUUCGACUUUUAUCUAUUUAUUCUGAAAGGCUUCAACAUCUUGCCCACUUACUCUUAUGUGCAGAUCCUAAUAAGAGAAUACAUAUCAGUCAAGCAAAACACAUCUUACAGGCCUUACUUUGGGGCCCAGAUCAGAAUGUGUUCAGUCUGAAUACUGGAUUCAAAGAUCCACCUCAGUUGCUGAAAAACUGGUUGGACAUGAAACGUAUUUUGCUGAUGCUGAAUUAUGGGGAAAGGUUUCUAAAUGAUGAGAAGCCAGUAAAACUGGAAGACUGGCUUUGCUGCCAGUAUUUUGCAUUUGCUACUCCUAACUCAGUGUUUCAAGCAGUAGGGGGGCUACAGAUUCUACUGGAAGAAGGGUGUUGAAUAAGAAAAUGAAACCAAAACACGUUUCCAUUAAUGAAUGCAGCUUAUACUCCAAAUAAGAGACUGCCAUCUUCUCUUGCACGAGAACAACAGAACUUAUAGUUAUACAAUGUCAAGUUAUGUAACAUAUUAUAGGCAGAUUGAACUUGAUUAAACUGCCUAAAGCUUUAUUCAGACACUUAUAUUCUAUGAAACAGCAAUUGACUGGAUGUAUAAUGAGUGCUGAAAUGUAUCUACCAUGCAAUAACCUAUUACGAAGUAGUUCUGAAGAAUUGCCAAUGUUUCCCCAGGUUAACUCGUCAUCCUAUGAGAUAAUUAUCCAUACAGAUGUCAAUUUUCAAAACCAUGGGCUAGGUUAACUGAUCUCAGUUAGAACUAUAUUCAAAGUAUGAUGAAAGCCCCCAGAAAGAUAAGAUAAGAUCAGGUAACAUUCCCAGUGCUGAUAGCUGUUGACAAAAUUUGCUGUGAAUUCUGUACAUUUGUAUAUUGGCUAGUGGCAGGUGCUGUAGUGAUGCAUCCUACAGGCAGUUGACCUAACAGCAUUCACUCUAUGGACUCCAAUGUAAACAAAAUGAUUUACAUGUGUGAUUAGAAAGUUGCCAGUAUUCAUUUAACUAUAUGUGCCAAAUGAACGUACAUGCAUUCAUAAAAAGAGCACAUUUCUUUCCAAAUCUUCGGGUUUGUUCGUUAAAGUAUAGCAUAAAAUCAAGUAAAUCUUUGGUUAGGCCAUCAUAAUUCUUUGAACUUGUGCCAAGACCAAAGGUCAAUAGAGUAAAUGCUCACUACUGUCGUUCCCUACCAAGCAUCUUUAACAAAUAUCGUUAGAUAAAAUGAUCAAGUCUUCUCAUACACUCAGUGAUUUCCACUUUAGCUUGCUGCACCCAGAUGAUAACUAUUGUAAGAUAUUUGCACAAUAAGUAAUUGCACUAUCAGGCAUCUUGAACCCAUCACAACUAAUAACUGCAGAACUAAAAUAAGUGAAAAUUAACGUCUUGAUUGAAAAGGCUUAGUCAAUCUGAUGUACAGUUCUUCAACUUGUGGCUUCAAAUAACAUUCAAAUUUUCUUUCAUGCACAUUCAUCAAAUGUGAGCAUCCAAUGAGGGCAGGAUUUGUGGCCUAUCCUUAAUUAUUUUUGGUGAUGAGCUCCCUCCUUGAACUGCUGCAGUUCAUGUGAUGUAGAUACAUAAACAGAGCUGUUAGGAAGAGAGUUUCAAAUUUUUCACAUAGUGAAUUAACAGUGAUAUCAUUCAAAUUCACAAUGUUGUAGGGAGAGCGUGCAGGAGGCGUUGCUCCAUGUGUCUUUAUUCUACCUCUGUUCAAGGUGGAAGAACUGCACCUCAUUGAUGGUACACACUGCAGUGUCUGUGCAUAAUGUGAGGAGUGAAUGCUUAAAGUAGCUUUUGGGGUGCCAGUCAAGUGAUCUGCUUUGUGCUGGAUGGUGUCAAUUUUCCUGAAUGUCAUUGUAGCCACACUCAUUCAGACAAGUAGAGAUAUUAUGUCACCCUCCUGCCUUGUACCUUGUAGAUGACGGAAAGACUCUGGAGGUCAGUUAUUCACCACAGAGUUCCCAGCCUUUGCUUCAGUUGGACCUCCACAGGUUCUGACAGAACUGAUUUUUAAAAAUUAAUUGUUACAUUCCCAUCAUAAUUUUGCCGCCCAGCUGCAGACACCAGUGGAACCUCACGAUUAUGUAAUUUAUUUAUUCUAUUGCUUGUACUUAUAUUUCAGGCAUUGUACAGCAGCACUAUUUUCAAAACAAUAUCUUUUUCUUGUUAUAAACUAGAUCUGCUAACAAUUUUUAAAAAUUGCAAAAUAUUGAUUAGCAUAAAAUGUCCUUAACAUCUGAAUUUCCAAUCAGACGAAUGCAUCCAGUUUUUUAAUAGGUAUGCAUGCUGAGUUUUGCUCAGUGAACCUUAUGAUGGAAUGCCCUGAAUAAAGUGGUGAUGGAAUUCAAUGAGAUUCGAUAAGGGAAUUGGAUAACCACUUGAGAAAAUUACAGGGCAAAGGAGUAAGAGUAAGGGAGAGGGACUAAGUAGAUAUCUCUUUCAAAGAGCUGACACAGGCAUGGGAGGUCAAAUGACCUUAUUCUGUGCUAUUUAUGAUUUUAAAAUUCUCAAAUUUUUGCAUUGUUACACAGCCAGUUAGUAUAUCUGGACAUCAAACAUUCCAUAGGAACAAUCUCUCUGAGAAACAUAUUCAUAAUAUGAACAGUUUUACAGAAUGAGGAAGAACCUGGAUCCUGUUGAAUAUUCAGUAUUCUUCUGACCAAAAAUAUCAAUAUAAAGCCAAUCCUUAAGGAUUUGUAAUAAUCUUAAUCCAACCUUGAAAUUCCCUUUAAAUUAGAAAGGCAGAUUAGCCAAUGUGAGUCACAUGGAAAAGUAUUAGGUAUCAGAAGUCAAUCAUAUGUAAAAAUCAACUGCAAUUUGAAACUUUCCUGUUCACCAAUUUUUUCACUCAAUCUGUUUCAUUAAUUAUGCUGUUAAUUAGAUAGUAGGUGUUCACUCGUUUCAUCUAUUUCAAAUAAAAGUCACAAGUGAUUA